CAAAAUCCUACUCCUGGACUCGCCACUACGGUUUAGCGCCAUGCUUUUGGUAUCGCCUAAAACCGUAGCGUUGUGCAUCUCCCCACUCAUCUCUGGUUGUACAUCUCCCUACUCAUCUCUGUUCACAACAAUGUGAACGGUGAUAAUGCGAUCCGCCUAUUAAGUUAUUUUCAGUGUUUUUUCGCGAAUUCAAGCAGUUUUUCUUCUCGAUUGACCCUUAAAGUUAUGCAAAAAUGAGAAAAAACAACGGGAUUUUCGUGAUAUGUGUGGUGUUGCAAUAUCUAUGCGGUAUCUGUACAACCCAUUUGCUUAUAAACGUCAAAAAUCAGGGUGGUGAUAUCCUUUUAGAAACAAUUUCAUCAAAUGUUACUGAGGAUAUGAUUACUUUGGAAUUCCAGCGUUCUGAUGGAACCCUAGUUACUCAACUUAUAGACUUUAGAAAUGAAGUGCAAGUUAUAAAAGCUUUAGUUCUGGGUGAAGAAGAACGAGGACAAAACCAAUAUCAAGUAAUGUGCUUUGUUAAUCACUUUUAUAAAACGGACUUUAUAUCUUCUGAUGCAAUGUCCAAACUUCGACAAAAGAAUCCAGGCACAAUUCGUAUUGCCGAGGAAGACAGGGGUCAUUCUAAUUAUACAAUGGACUUGUUCCUAGAUAUUUCACAGUCCAAAAUAAUUUCAAAUCAAGUAGCUAUACUAUGUGCCGAGGCUGCAGAUUCAACAUAUACAAGAAACGAGGAUCUAAAACAGUGGAUCCAGAGAGCUGGUUCAUCCGAAGCAGCACUUACGGCCGCAGUGAAAAACUUCACCACGAUUUCGGUAAGUCAACAAACCAGUAAUGACACAAAGUUACCGUCAGUAACAAAAUGCGCGGAUACUUCAAAUUUAUGGGCACCAUGCACGUGCUCGUUAGAAUUAUGUAUAGGUUGGUACCCAUGUGGUUUAAAAUUUUGCAAAGGAAAAAGCGACGGUAAGAAAGUAGCAAACACUUACCGCUGCGGCAUUAAAACGUGCAAGAAGUGCUUCAUAUUUUCAUACUACUCGAAAAUGAAACAGAACUGUCUUUGGGACGAAUGACACAUCAGAUCGCGAUAAGCAUAGCUUUUUUUAAACUAUUCUUGACGAUAGGACAAAUAAUCCCUCCUUCACACUAAAUCUACAAAAUACACUGUUCACAUUAGAAUCCUACAGUAAUUCUAUGAUAAACUUUAGCAUAUGAUUUGUUAUGUGUACAGGUAGCAUAUGCAUACAAAAUUUAACAAUAUUUACUUGUACCAUUGAUACGCGUAUACUCCCAGAUUUAGUGUGAAUUAAAUGGAUGAAAAUGUGAAAAAGUGCUGAUUAUUCUUGGAUAACGUGUUCAGGCGUAUAUCAAAUGCCUAGAUAGAAUUCCGAUAACAAUUCUAAUUGGAAUAACAGUAAGUCAGUAUCAUCCGCUUAUAUCCGAUAUCGUCUCAGCGGGAAGAUCCAAGAGUGUUUAUUUUCUGCGUUUGUUGAAAUAAAUUAAAACAUUAAAUGUUGUCUAACGAAACCUCAUUUAAGGGAUCAUAAAAAUAAUCCUAUGAGGAUGAGAUAUCGAUGAUGCAAUACUUGAAUUCACUCACAGCACUUUUUCCUUACAAGUACACGUUACCGUAACAAUGUAAGGAUGGUAAAAAAGUUGGAAAACUUCAAACCUUUGGUAAUUACAAAAAAAUUGAAAAAACGAAACAAUUUUCCAACAUUCAAAAAAGAAGUUUGUUCAAUGUACGAAUUCGCUUCGAAUGAACGCAUUCGUAACGCAAUGUCAUUUUCGCGAAAAGAAAAGCAUCUACGCGUAUAUAGCGAUCAAAAUAACAAAAACACAUUCCACCAAAAACUUAAGUAUUACUUUAAAAUUAUAAUUUUCCCCAUAUUUCUAGUCCGAUAUUUAAAAAUUUACAUUUUCUAGGUUAACAGCGUAAGCUCUCUCAAAAGUGUCUUGUAAUCAAUGUAUUUUGAAUUUUUUUCAACGUAACAUAGAAUUAGCUAAUCUAUCUCUGUCAUUCCCACUCUUUGUAUUUACAUUCCUAAGCUACAUCUUGCCUGGACAUUUAUCGGAUGGUAAACAUUCCAUACAAGAUUAACAGAGCCACGAAUAUACAUACGAUUCCUUACACGUAUUAUAUAAAGAUAAAAAAACAUAACCAAGAACAAUGCGUUACUUAUCGUUCAUUCGAAACGUCCAGAUUAUAAUGCGUUCAAUUUGCAUGUUAUAUCAAACUCACAUUUUUAAUUGGGAACAUAAAAGAAGAGAUAGAAAAUUAAGAAGAAUCCCAUACCUAUAAUCCACUCCAACAUUGAACGCAUUAUAAGAUAAUAAUUACUGUACGGUAUCGUACAUUUCUAGCUAAUUUUACACGUGACUCGAGAAGCUGCCACACACGCGUAUACAUACAUGUAAUAUUUCUAAUCUUAAGUAGCAAUUGUAAAUAAUGUGCAAAAAUAAUUAAAUCAGAAGAAACGUUAAUUAAUGAUUGCGCGAAGCGGCGGGCAGAAAUUUGAAAAUUUUUGUUUACUGCCCAUCUGUAUAUACGUAUAAUUCAAUUUUUGCAAAAACGUAAUGAACAUGUACAGUAUAUAAUUAAACAAAGAAAAGCGCAACUAUUUUAUUCGUCCCUUAAUUGCGGACGAGUUUGAAAUAACAAAAUUCAUCGUAAAUGCUACUCUAGAUAAUUACUUAUUAUAUUGAUUAUUCUCUUAUUCUUGUCAUUCGAUGCGUCCACGAGAAGAGCGCCGACUCUCUUGGAGAGGGACUUUUUAAAAUAUAAAGAAAGACUGCGAAAUCUGUCCAUUCGAUGCUAAAAUAUCAACGAACCGCACUGAUAUCCUUGCUAAUUAGAAAAACGUUCAUGCAGACAGCUUCUGAUAUUUAUUCGUGCUUUACGUGCUCCCUGUCGGAAAGAAAAUGAACUAAGAACGAGCAAACCGACAGUCAGUGCAAUAAAGAAUAAUACGUUAGACUAAUAUAAAAUUAUACUAUGCCAAUUAACAUGACACAAAAUUAUACGAACUUCUAUAGUUCUGAUGAUCUUGCACGGACUGUACAUACGUAUAUAAAUUAUGCGUAUUUUCACAACUUCCAAGGUAUCUAGGUCCACGGCAGAUCGUUCAUGUCGCGAUUUUCCAAUAUUUAACGACGCUUCUUUAAACUUAGUUUGAAACCGACACGCUGACGUCAUUAAAAUGACGUGUCGUCGAUGAAAAAAAGAAAUACUCAUACAAGUCAAUACGACGUAUGAAAGAUACGAUAAUUCAAAAUACAGACUAUAAACGAGUAACGUAUAGAAAUAUAGCAAUAUCUAUGUAUAUGUAAGAUACUCACGAGCAAAACAUUUUACACAAUAGUAAUAGUAAUUAAUGAUUUCAAUGAUAAGAAUAUUUUAAGGACAUGACAUAUAUAUAUACACACAUAUUAGAAGAAAAAUAUUGGCAGAUACAUAAUAUGUAACAUAGCGUGACAGUUGUCGAAUCUGCCACUGGCCAUCCAUCUUUCAAGCUUUUUUGAGGAAAAUAAAAAAGGAAGUUUAGGUCAUUGAGCGCCUAUAGCGGUACACGUUUUUAUGGCGAUCCGAAAAAACAAUUAUAAGGGUGGUGGGGGAAGAUUAAAAAAUCAACUGACCACAUUGACGUUUUGUUAUCGAAAAUGUACUUCGUGGAUGGUGGGUGUAGGA